AUGGCGCUGCCCUCUAUCGCUUGCAUCGCCUUUGUGGCCAAAAAUGACCACCCUCUACAUCUCUCAGUCUUUCCGCCCUACACCGAGUCUCGCUUGAAGUUUUCGUUCUUGAUAAACUCAUGCCUGGAUAUCUUCGAUCUUCGCAUGAAGAACACAUCCAUAGACCAGGACCUUGGCCUUUUACAAGCCUUGGAUGAGAACCUCGCGGUCUAUGGAUGGCUAACCAACACUAGCGUCAAGGUGUUGAUUACUGUCAACCUGGCAGGCCGACACGUCCCGCCCGAGCUGGAGAGACGCAAGGUCGCCUGGGUGACGGGUAUUAACGAUUCGGACUUGAAGCCUGCUUUUCGAGCAUUGCAAACCGCGUACAUCAAGCUCCUACAAAACCCCUUCUAUAACCCAGACAGCCAUGACUCGAAGCCACAAGAGUCCAACGGUGCCUCUGUUGGCAUAGCAGACCAGAAAUUCAUUUCGGAAGUCAAGCGAAUUGGCGAAAGCUGGUCUCCGGAUAUUUCUACCAUUUAG